CAUGUGACAAUUUAAUAGGCUCUUUGUUUUCAUUUAAAAAUAUAUAUAUUAAAAUAGUGACGGAUAAUGUACGGCGCAAAAUCUGAGUAUUAAUAAAUAAACAAUCCAUUUUCCAACCGCCCACUUUGAAAAAUGUCCGCAAGUAAAUUAGACGCAGUUUACCGUAGUAUGCUUCUAACGAAAUUUUUCACCAAAGGUUGGGGAAAACCUGAGAAUUUACGAAGGUUAUUUGAGUUCAGGAAGAUAGUGUCAAACCGUGAUAAAUGUUUUACAUUAGUUGAAAAGGAUUACCCAGUAACAAUUACCAAGGAACAGAAUUUGGCAGACUGCAAAUUAAUAGAGGGAUAUUUUCUCUCACCAUUGGAAAAAUGCCUUCCAGGAAUAGUGCCAGAGAUUGCACAGAAAGCACACUUUCAAAUUGUACUACCCAUUCAUUGGCCCGACCCUCACUGCAAACCAGUAUGUUUGCAUCUUGCAGGAACUGGAGACCAUUUUUUUUGGCGAAGGAGAAAUCUAAUGGUAAAACCCCUGUUAAAAGAAGCCGGUAUUGGUGGGAUUAUCCUUGAGAACCCCUUUUAUGGGCUACGUAAACCUACAGAUCAGAUCCGAUCGUCUCUACAUAACGUUUCGGACAUUUUCGUGAUGGGUGGGUGUUUGAUCCUGGAGUCGUUGGUGUUAUUCCACUGGUGCGAACGGAACGGACUGGGCCCUCUUGGCGUCACCGGUCUCUCUAUGGGCGGGCAUAUGGCAUCCUUAGCGGCAACAAACUGGCCAAAACCCCUCGUUCUUGUCCCAUGCCUCUCAUGGUCAACAGCGUCGGCAGUAUUUUUGCAGGGAGUGAUGUCUCAAUCUAUUAAUUGGGACCUGCUAGAAGAUCAAUAUCUCUCAGAUGGUGUAUAUCGAGAAAAACUAUCGAAAAUGGUCACAAUAGUCGACGAGGCAUUCCUAGCGGGGAAAAAAUUCGCUCGAACCUACUCAAACAAUUUUAACUCAACGCCCAAUACGCAAACUAUUACGCAGGACCCAAUCGUAGAUCCUUUAAAAUGUUCCCCGUUCAAGAAUCUAGAUAUAACGUAUAAAGAGUCUAGUGCCAAAGGUAAUGCUCAAGUCUUAGAUAUUAAUGAAAAUGUAAUAGGUUUUAAACCUGAAGUGCCUGAUAAUGUUAAGAGUGUGUCGAGUGAACAGAAGAAAAUAAUGAAGGAUGAGUGGAAAAAACUUCUUAAUGAUAACAAAAUUAGUCAAGUCCUAUACGAUAAACUAACUUCGAAUAAAACUUUCGAGCUUGACGCGCAGGAUAUAGUAGAUAUUAACAAAUUGGAUGACGGACAAGUAAAGGAUUUACUUCUUAAAUUUACCAGCGAUGUAAAAAAGGGGGCGUUAUUAGAAAAAGUAAAGGUAUCUGAGCUUAGUGAACCCAACGAAACCAAACAAAUGACUGUAGAUAUAAAUAAUAAUGCCAAAAAUAUAUCUCCAGUGGAACAUGAUAGCAGUGAUACAAAAAGUGUGGUGGCAAAAGAGGAUAGUAGUAAAACGAAUAUUUUAGACGAUAAAACCGCAAAACUGGAAUCAAAACAGACAGCUGUUAACGAUAAUCCAAAUUUGCCAGCUAUUAAGGAAGGAAAAGACGAUAAACUGGAGAAAAAAUCGUGGAACUUAUCCGAUCUCACUUCUGAUCUGUGGAUAAAUUUGCCAUUCAUGAAAUCGAGCGGGAAGAAGAUAGAUAUAAGCAAAAUUCAUUGGAGAGACAGAGAAGCGUUACAGUUUAUGCGGGGUAUCAUGGACGAGUGCACGCACCUGAGCAACUUUUCCAUUCCCUUUGACACAUCUCUCAUAAUAGCGGUCUGUGCGAAACACGACGCGUACGUACCGCGGGAGGACGUUGGCACGCUGGAAGAGAUCUGGCCCGGGGCUGAAGUGCGGUACGUGGACGCUGGACACGUCUCAGCGUACAUCCUGCAUCAGUCACUCUUUAGAUCCUGUAUAAAGGAAGCCUUCGAAAGAUCAAAAAAGAAAUGGAAGGAUGGAAAGCACGUUGAUUGACGCCGGAACUACUUAAUAAUUACCUACACUACUUUGUAGCAAUAACAGCACAACGUAGCUAUGUAGAAAACAGCUUUCUACGUCGUACUAUUUCUACGUCAUAACCAUUUACCCUAUAUCAACCAACUUUAACAUACCUACUGUUGAAAUAUUUUUGUUCAAAUAUUCCUUCAAAAUGGUCUCAUUGUUCAACCUUAGGCAUCUUUUGAUGCUAUGGUGUCAUUUACAUUGUCAACAAUAAUUUGUAUUUUAAACAAAUAAGAAGAGAAAAAAAAGCGUUUGCUCAGAGCUGUGAGAUUUAUACGAGUGAUAAUAAUUAUAUUGUGUUAAAAAAUAAAAUUGACUCAUAAUCCCGUUUACGGGUGUGAAGUUUAGGCCAUAUUUUUUGGAAAAUAAACGUGAUCCAUUUUUUGGAAAAAUCAACUCGAUAGAAAGUGUGGAAUAAAAUUAAUUGAACGGUGCUUAUUACGUACGAUGAUAAAUAUAGAACUCGAAAUGUAAAUAUUGCAAUCUGCAACAUGGCAGUUUGCGUAGGUACAGUACGAUUCAAACGUAAAUGCGCCCCUGAAGUUUGCGCACGACGUUACGCACCACACACAUUUUGGGUGUCCGGUGUAGCGGGGAGGGUAACAGCGCACGUCUGCUUACUUCACGCAGACACAUUUAAGUUUGAAUCGUACUGUACAUAUAACGCAAAUGUAAGCAGAGGCGUGCACAGAGUUUUUCACCAAAGUAGGCAUGCUUUUGUGCAUGUAUGAAGGGCACUCCACUGGCUAUAAGCCUCGUGUACAGGUUUGACUUCUCGUUUUGCUUUGUACUAUCCGUUCAUCGAGUUUGUGAAUAAGGUAAAUGCCCCAUUGGGCUGUUUUAAUGGUAAAAGGUAUACAUAUCGCUUGACAGACGACAAAAAUGUUAUUUAAUGUUAUUAAAACUACAUGUAGAUUUUUUCCCUAACAAAUAUAAUGCAUUCGAUGUUUU